AUGAAAUCGAGCACCAAAGAAGGAUUUAGCGGCCUGUCUCAGUCUGUUCCUAUCUAUCUAUCUAUCUAUCUAUCUAUUUCAAUCUGCUCAUAUUUAUCUAAAUCUAUCUAUCUAUCUAUCUAUCUAUCUAUCUACCUAUCUAUCUAUAUAUAUAUAUAUAUAUAUAUAUCAUUCAUAUCUAUCUCAAUCUGCACUCAUCUAUCUAUCUAUCUAUCUAUCUAUCUAUCUAUCUAUCUAUAUAUAUAUAUAUAUAUAUAUAUAUAUAUAUAUAUCAGUUUGCUCAUAUCUAUCUAUCUAUCUAUCUAUCAAACUAUCUAUCUAUCUCUAUCUACUUUUCUACCUAUCUAUCUAUCUAUUUAUGAUCAUAUCUAUCUCUGUCAGUUCAUAUCUCAAUCUGUGCUCAUAUAUCUAUCUAUCUAUCUAUCUAUCUGUCUGUCUGUCUGUCCGUCUCAUUCUUUCCCGUACCUAUAUAUCUAUCAAGCAUGGGUCAUGCUACUGAGACUCACAUUCUGCUCAUAUCUAUCUAUCUAUCUAUCAAUCUAUCUAUCUCAGUCUGCUCAUAUCUAUCUAUCUAUUUAUCCAGACUUAUCAAUGAUUUUGAUUUCUGAUCACAUCUAUCUAUCUAUCUAUCUAUCUAUCUAUCUAUCUAUUUCAGUCUGCUCAUAUCUAUCUAUCUAUCCAGACUUAUCAAUGAUUUUAAUUGUAUGA